AUGUCAACGUCGUUGUUGUUUGAGUGCGCAGAAAGUAGUAGUAAUAAUACGAAAAAGAUGACAGACACUGCCACCCCAGUUCCAGAAACUGUUGUUGAUACUCCAGCCGUCGUUGUUGCUGAUGCUGCUGUUGCCGCCCCAGCCAAAGACGAUGCUUCACUCUCACACAAAAUUAUGAAACAAGUAGAAUACUACUUUAGUGAUUCAAACUUCCCCAGAGACAAGUUCCUCAAAGGAGAAGCUGCUAAAAACCCAGAAGGAUAUGUUAAUAUUAUUACAAUUGCCGAUUUUAAACGUAUGAAAGAAAUGACAUCUGAUUUACAAUUGGUUACCGACAGUUUAAAGAACUCUAGUCGUCUCCAAGUCAGCCCAGACGAAAAGCAAGUCAGAAGAACCGAUCCACUCCCAGAUGAUGAAGAGCACGCCAAAAAGGUACUCUACUCAAAGGGAUGGCCCGCAGAAACCACCAUUGAAACCGUCAAGGAGUUCUUUGCUCCAUACGGUGCCUCUACCUCUGUUCGUCUCAGACGUAGAAUCAACAACCAAUUCAAGGGUUCUUUACUCGCCGACUUUGAAUCUGAAGAAAUCGUUCAAAAGAUUAUUACUGAAGCACCAAAGAAUGGUGAAAUCACUCUUCUUUAUCAAACUUUUAAACAAUUUAGUGAAGAAAAAAAACAAGAGAAAUUAGCCAAAUUAAAAUUAAAGACUGAACAAGGAGGAGAAAAGAGAAAAAAGAGAGAUGGUGAUGAUGAUGGUGAAAAGGAGGAAGAGAUCAAGGAAGAAGAAAAGAUGGUACCAAACACUAUUAUCCAAAUCAAGGAAGUUGGUGCUGGUUUGCAUAUGGGCGAUAUCAAGCAAGCUUUUGCUCAAUAUGGUAAAUUGAUUCAUGUCAACUAUACUGCUGGUGCCGACAAUGCACUUGCUCGUUACGAAACCGAAGAAAUGGCAAAGCGUGCCAUGGAAUCUUUCAUUGCCGAGAAAAAGGAACUCGCUGGCAAGAUCCCAGUCCUUUCCAUCCUCACUGGCGAGGAAGAAGAAAAUGAAUGGAAGAGCAUCUUUGAACUCAAGCAAAGAGCUCGUCAAAAUGGUGGAAACAGAGGUGGUAGAGGUCGUGGAGGCCGUGGUGGUCGUGGUGGUAGAGGUGGUAGAGGUCGUGGUGGUUUCAAAAAGCAAAAGAACUAA